AUGCAACGGGUCACAGACAGACAACGCGCCCAGCUCUGGACAGGAUGGGGCUUGCAGCUAUGCCUAAUCUUUUUCUGCCAUACGCAACAGUUAGAAGCGUCCGCAAGCAUUGAUCGCAUACAAAAACACAAUCUGGAGCUGUUAACGCAGCAACUGAACCGCGGCUGGCGCGCUUUUUGCGAUGCGCCGGUCGAUGAGGGUGUGAUGGCGCUCUUUGAGGGCAUCAAUCCCAGCGAUGCGCGUCUGCAUGUCAUGACCAUCACCAAUCAGAGCGUCCAGCUGCCCAUUAAGUCUAUGCCAGAGCUGCGCGACUUCGAUAUCAAUCCGCAGCGCAAGACUCUAAUCUAUGUGAACGCCUUCCACACGGCCGAUAGCUAUUUCAGCGUUCAAGAACACUUGACGCUGCUGCAGACAACGCGUCGAGAUCUCAAUGUCAUUGUGGUGGACUUUGCCACACAUGUGGCCCAACUUUACUAUACAGUGCGUCAUCACCUCUCCGUGCAUGGCUACUCCAUAUACAAGCUGUUGAGCGCCCUGACGGAUGCCGGCAUUGCGGCGCAGGAUAUUACCCUGGCAGGGCACUCGGUGGGCGCCAAUAUAGCCGCAUUGGGCGCUGAUUUAUAUGCCAAGGGCAGUAAGCAGCAGGUGGGUCAACUGAUUGCCAUCGAUCCGGCCACCAUGUGUCGCACCACAGACAUUCUGGUCAGACAAGCGGUGGCGGGGCGCGUUGUGGUGUUGCACGGUGAGGGUGAUGUGUUUGGUGUUCGUGUGCCACUGGGUCAUGUGGAUAUCUAUCCCAAUGGCAUUGGCUACUUUCCGCGCAAGAAGCUGCAACCAGGCUGCGACAGCAAGAUCUGCAGUCAUAUGUAUCCGUUUGUGCUCUUCAUGGAGGCACUCAUCGAGGGCGUCAUGAUACCUGCCACCAAAUGCGAAAACUGGGGCAAGUUCAGGCAGGGCGACUGCAGUUUUGAGAACACACUUAACAUUGGCCUCAUCUACCCGAGCAAUGCCAAAGGUCUGUAUUUCUGUAUGACCCAACCGAAUCCACCUUUCACCUACAUGGAGCACGGUCUGCGGUAUCAGAUACGGCGGCCGGAGAUAUCAAAUGCGCUCAAAGCAUGAGUUGUAUGGAGUAAAAUUAGAAUAAUCUUG